UUAAACAUGUGUAUUUUAUAAGACUUUAGUUAUUACUUAUGCAUUGUAGAUAAAUUUAAGUAUUUUAAAUUAAUAAGGGAAAUAAAACAAUGACCCGACAAAAUUACCCAACUCAACUCAAAUUUUAAAUGUUGGGUUAGAGAUACUAUUCACUUAUUUCAAGUAGUCAACCCAACCAAUCCAAAUUUUCGGGUUGAUUCAAAAAACUCUCUCAACCAAACCCAUGUAUGCCGCUACCUUUAGUUCAUUUUGGUCUAUAUACUAUACUUUUAAAAUGGUCAUUUGACCCCUCACUUCGGUUCAUUUUAAUCUCGCAAUUUUGAAAAUGAUCAUAACGAUCCCUAAUUUUCUACUUUGAUUCAUUUCUCGUCCCUUCGUUUGAACCAAAGUUAAAAAUACAUGCACCAUAGCGAACCAAAAAGAAAGAUAGUUCGUAUUUAAACCUAAUUUAAUUAUAUAUAAAUAGGGGGAUAAAAAAUAGCAUCUAGAAAAAUUGUCCCAUCAGGAGAACAUAGUCCGCCACUGCAUUUAAAAUCUCUUUCUCCGUCUGCCCUUCUAGAAGGCCAGCAUUAACACCACCAAUAAAAUACUCUUCACUUUCCUAUCUAUAAAAAAAAACCCAAGCAAAUUUAAAUUUUAUUUAAAACCUAUGAAUUUCAAUUAUUUUUCCUCCAUAAUCUUCAAUGAUUUUUCUUUCUAGUUUUCAUCUUCUAUCUUCAAUUUCAAAUUCUUGAUCACCUAUCAGUUUCAAUUUGCAUUCGAAUUAGCAGAAAUUACGAACUCAGAAAUGAUUGUAGCUAAAGAAUCUUACAACAGAGAAGAAGAUACCUCCAUCAUCACUGAAGAUCCAUAUCAACAUGAUGAAGAAGAAGCUGUGGAAACGCUCUCUCUGUGCGACCUUCCAAUUUACAGCGAUGAAUCAAAUUGCGAUGAUUACUCCAAGCCGGAUGAUGAUCAGAGCGCUUCGUUUGAUAAUGAAGAUACGUUCUUCGAGUUUUUCAGCGACGAUUUCUCUGUUUCUAAUUCAACUUAUUCAGGAUCUGAUAACAUAAUCUUCUGCGGGAAAUUGAUUCCCUACAAACAGCCAAACGAUUCACAAAACAAAGGAAGAAUUACAUCAGAGAAAAUUUCAGAAAAGAAUUGCCUAAUUCAAACGAAAUCUCACUCGUUCAACGGUAAGAAAUCGUCUGUAAUUGAUAGUCGUGAGAUCGGUUAUACGAGAACGACGAGAGGAGGAAUUAAAAGCUUCGAUCCAUUUUCGAUUUCAUUGCCGAAGAAUCCAGAGUAUGUAAAACGGAAGAGAAGGUGGAAAUUGGAGAAAUGUGAGUUACCGGAGGAGAGAGCGAUGAUACUGCAACCGUCGCCGGCGAAAUCGCGUUGGUUCGUGUUUCUGUUUGGUAGUGCGAGGUUUCCGAAGGAGAUGGAACUGAGUGAGAUGAGGACGAGGCAACGGCGGAGUAGUCGGACGGCGAUGUUCCGGCCGUCGGAGGAGAGGAAAGUGGCCGCAGGAAGAAGCAAUGGGAAGAAGACGACGGUUCAAGCGCUAUGGAAGAAAAUUCUUAGGGCUAUGGUAAUAGGGUGUAGUAGCAGCAGCGAUCAAAACGGCGCCGUAAAAGCGUCCUUCAGGCCCAUUUCAGUCGUGUGAGUUUGGAACGUAGAAAGUUGGUUUUGUUAUUUGUGGAUUUUUACAUGAGGAUGGUCGUAUAUUAUUUUGGAAUAA